UAUACCACCCAUCUCAGAUCUAUUUUCCGGUGGCGUCCUUUGGUGGAGGGCGAUGCUUGUGGCGGUGUGAUGCAUCAGGGGCGACGAGGCUGGUGUGGUGGUUAUGGCGGUGGUGAUGGCCUGCCCGGUGGUGGAGGUGUUUGUUGGUGGUGGUGGGUUUCGGUGUUGGUGGGUGUUUUGGUACUCGGGGGUGGAGGUGAGACGUGGCGGAUGUGAGAUGGUGGUGGUGGGUUCGAGUGUUUGUGUGGUGGUGGUUGGGGUGGUGUUGGCGGUGGAGGUUGGGGUGAUGUCGUGUUGUGGUGGAGUGAGACCCAGAAGCCACCAACCCAAUCACCGACACUCACACCCGCCGGUGAGACCCGGAAGCCGCCGACCACCUCCUUCACCAUUGUCAUCAUCUCCGGCAACCACCACCAUCUCACCCAACACCCCGUCUUCUUCAAUCUUUCUUAUCAGAAAAGAAUCACACGAGGGUAUAUGCCUAAGAUAAUUUGGGAGAAAAUGGCACCUUAUCUGCAAGUUAGAUUUGUGUUUGUGGUGUUACAAUUGGUGGCCAAUUGAGAUGCAUUCUUUGGUG